AUGAUAGCUUUACUGCUGCUAGUGCUGGUUUCUCCUGCCUUUGCUGUGCCUCUGCCAUCUACAGACACAGACAAAUAUCUUCUAGCAGAGAAAUACCUUCGUCGGUACUAUGCCCUUCCAGCUGGUCUCCAAGGUGGAGGGAGUUCAGCAGGUAGCUUUCAGACCAAGGUCAAGGAGAUGCAGAAAUUCUUCAAACUAAAGGUGACGGGGAGUCUGGAUGACAAUACUUUAGAAGUUAUGAACCAGGCCAGAUGUGGCGUCCCAGAUAUUGGCGAAUACAACCACUUCCCCCGAGACCUCAAAUGGCCAAAUAACGAUGUCACAUUCAGGAUAUUGAAUUAUACACGAGAUCUGAAGAAGGCUGAUACAGAUAGAGCCAUCCGCAGGGCACUGAACGUUUGGGCUGAUGUCACCCCUCUGACCUUUAAGAAGCUGCAUGAGGGCAAUGCUGACAUUAUGAUCAGCUUUGGAGUAAAAGAGCAUGGAGACUACAACCCCUUUGAUGGGCCGAAUGGACUGCUGGCUCAUGCUUACCCACCUGGUGUUGGUAUUGGAGGAGACACUCACUUUGAUGAUGACGAAGAGUGGACCAAAGAUUCAUCAGCUUACAACCUGUUUAUAGUGGCAGCCCAUGAGCUGGGCCACGCCCUUGGUAUGUCUCAUUCUUCAGACCCAGGCGCCCUGAUGUACCCCGUCUACUCAUACACUACAGGCUUCCCGUUGUCUGAAGAUGACAUUGAAGGCAUUCAGGCUCUCUAUGGCCCAAACCCGGACCAUAGAAAAGUGAAGCCAAGGCCUGAUGCACCAAACAAAUGUGACCCCAUGUUGAGUUUUGAUGCUGUCACAGAGCUAAGAGGAGAAACCAUCAUCUUCAAAGACAGUUUCUACUGGCGUCUGCAUCCUCAGAUGCCCGAACCCGAGCAGACAUUGAUCAAGUCCACAUGGCCCUCCAUCCCCAACAAGGUGGAUGCUGCGUAUGAGUACCCAGAGAACGAUCUGGUCAUUAUAUUUAGUGGGAUCCGAAUGUGGGCUCUGAAUGGAUAUAACAUUGUUGAUGGUUACCCGAAGUACAUACACAAACUUGGACUUCCCAAGAGCAUAAGGAAAAUUGAUGCAGCUGUCUACAUCAGAGACACAGGGAAAACUCUACUCUUCACCGACGAGGAAUAUUGGAGCUAUGAUGAAGUGACACGCACCAUGGAUAAAGACUACCCAAGAUCCAUUGAAGACGAUUUUCCUGGAAUGGAUGACGAGGUCGAUGCUGCUGCUUAUCACUACGGUUAUUUGUAUUUCUUCCACGAACACGUGCAAUACGAGUACAGUUACACUUCAAGGAAGGUCAUGCGCAUCAUGAGAACGAAUUCCAUUCUCAACUGCUGA